CAGGAACUGCUGCUGCUGCCGCCAACCCCCAUGGCCUACACUCCAGAUGGGGGUGUGCCCGCCACCGGGGCCAUCCCCUUGGGCUCUCAGUGCUGUGUGUGUAAAGUGGAGCUGUCCGUGAGUGGCCAGAACCUGCUGGACCGGGACGUCACCUCCAAGUCUGACCCUUUCUGUGUCCUGUUUACAGAAGACAAUGGCAGGUGGAUGGAGUAUGACAGAACAGAGACAACCAUCAACAACCUCAACCCAGCCUUCUCCAAGAAGUUUGUGCUGGAUUACCACUUCGAGGAGGUGCAGAAACUCAAGUUCGCCCUAUUUGAUCAGGACAAGUCCAGUGCGCAGCUGGAUGAGCAUGACUUCCUGGGUCAGUUCUCCUGCAGCCUCGGCACGAUUGUCUCCAGCAAGAAGAUCACUAGGCCUCUGCUGCUGAUGAAUGAUAAGCCGGCAGGGAAGGGCUUGAUCACGAUCGCAGCUCAGGAGCUGUCAGACAACCGAGUCAUCACGCUGAGCCUGGCCGGCAGGAAGCUGGAUAAGAAGGACCUCUUCGGGAAGUCAGACCCAUUUCUUGAGUUUUAUAAGCCAGGGGACGAUGGCAAAUGGAUGCUAGUCCAUAGGACAGAGGUGAUCAAGUACACUCUGGACCCUGUGUGGAAGCCGUUCACUGUGCCGUUGGUGUCCUUGUGUGAUGGGGACCUGGAGAAGCCCAUCCAGGUUAUGUGCUAUGACUAUGACAGUAAUGGAGGCCAUGACUUCAUCGGCGAGUUCCAGACCUCUGUGCUGCAGAUGAAUGAGGCUCGGGAUGGUGUUCCGCUGGAGAUGGAGUGCAUCAACCCCAAGAAGCAGAGGAAGAAGAAGAGCUACAGGAACUCAGGCAUCAUUAUCCUGCGGUCAUGCAAGAUACACCGAAACUACUCAUUCCUGGACUACAUCCUGGGAGGCUGCCAGCUCAUGUUCACCGUUGGAAUAGACUUCACAGCCUCCAACGGGAAUCCCCUCGACCCUUCUUCUCUACACUAUAUCAAUCCCAUGGGCACCAACGAAUACUUGUCAGCCAUCUGGGCAGUGGGACAGAUCAUUCAGGACUAUGACAGUGAUAAGAUGUUUCCUGCUCUGGGGUUUGGGGCCCAGUUACCACCAGACUGGAAGGUGUCCCAUGAGUUCGCCAUCAACUUCAACCCCACCAACCCUUUCUGCUCAGGCGUGGAUGGCAUCGCCCAGGCGUACUCAGCCUGCCUGCCCCACAUCCGCUUCUAUGGCCCCACAAACUUCUCCCCUAUUGUCAACCACGUGGCCCGGUUUGCAGCGCAGGCCACACAGCAGCAGACGGCAACGCAGUACUUCAUCCUCCUCAUCAUCACUGACGGGGUCAUCAGCGACAUGGAGGAGACCCGGCAUGCUGUGGUGCAGGCCUCCAAGCUGCCCAUGUCCAUCAUCAUUGUGGGUGUGGGCAAUGCCGACUUCGCAGCCAUGGAGUUUCUGGACGGGGACAACCGUAGACUGCGCUCACACACCGGCGAGGAGGCGGCCCGCGACAUCGUGCAGUUCGUGCCCUUCCGGGAGUUCCGCAAUGCAGCAAAAGAGACUCUGGCCAAAGCGGUGCUGGCGGAGCUGCCGCAGCAAGUAGUGCAGUAUUUCAAGCAUAAAAACCUGCCCCCCACCAACUCCGAGCCUGCCUGAGCCCGUGCCCAGCAGCAGCAUGCCAGCUGAGCCCCCAGCACCCCCAGGAACGUGCACGUUCACCCUGCUUCCUCGUGGGUGGCCUUUUUUACCAGUCCACAUUUUUAUUUUUUACAACCGGACCUCCGCCCCCAACUUCCCCCAGCCCAGCUGGGCUUCCUUUGUCAGAGUCGACUGAUGAUGCUUCCAGGACAAACCGGCUUCCUCUCCCCGCCCCCCUGCCACUCUAAGUAUUGAAUGUACUUUGUAUAAUUUUAGUGGAAUUAUUGUUAUUAAGGAGAAUAAAAUUUUUACAAUCAUAA